UUUAAAAAGCCAGCCCUGCCACCGGCCACGUUGUUACCGCUUAUGAAGAAGGAAGUGGUUGUUUCCAGUCAAAGAAGGAAGCCAGUGUCUGGCGUUCGCUCCACAUGUCUACCUGCCAUGAUCAAGUGUUUGUCAGAUGAAGUCCAAGCCAAAUUGCGUUCCGGUUUGGCCAUCAGCUCCUUAGGCCAGUGUGUCGAGGAACUUACCCUCAACAGUAUUGACGCCGAAGCAACAUGCGUGGCCAUCAGAGUGAAUAUGGAGACCUUCCAAGUUCAAGUGAUAGACAACGGGCUUGGGGUGGCGGGGGAUGACAUCGAGAAGGUGGGAAGCCGCUAUUUUACUAGUAAGUGCAGCUCAGUACAGGACUUGGAGAACCCACGGUAUUACGGUUUCCGGGGAGAGGCCCUGGCGAGCAUAGCUGACCUGGCUAGUGCCGUGGAAAUCUCAUCCAAGAGAAACAGGACAAUGAAGGCCUUUGUGAAAACGUUUCAGAAUGGAAAAGCCCUAAGCGCUUGCGAAGCUGCCUUGACCAGACCGAGCGUGGGUACGACGGUGACAGCAUAUAACCUGUUUUACCAGUUACCUGUGAGAAGGAAAAGCAUGGAUCCCAGACUAGAGUUGGAGAAAGUGAGGCAGAGGAUAGAAGCUGUUUCCCUCAUGCACCCUUCCACGUCUUUCUCUCUGAGGAAUGAUGUUUCCGGUUCCAUGGUUCUUCAGCUCCCUAAAACCAAAGACAUAUGUUCUCGAUUUUGUCAGAUUUAUGGAUUGGGCAAAUCCCAAAAGUUAAGAGAAAUACAUUUUAAAUACAAGGAAUUUGAGUUGAGUGGCUACAUUAGUUCGGAAGCACACUACAAUAAGAAUAUGCAGUUUUUGUUUGUGAACAGAAGACUAGUCUUAAAGACAAAGUUGCAUAAACUCAUUGACUUUUUAUUAAGAAAAGAAAAUAUUAUAUGCAGGCCAAAGAAUGGCUCCACCAGUCGGCAAGUGAAUUCAAGUCCUCGGCACCGUUCUGCCUCAGAGCUCCAUGGGAUCUAUGUAAUCAAUGUGCAGUGCCAAUUCUGUGAAUACGACGUGUGCAUGGAGCCAGCCAAAACUCUGAUUGAGUUUCAGAACUGGAAUACUCUGUUGAUUUGUAUUCAGGAAGGAGUGAAGAAGUUUUUAAAGCAAGAAAAAUUAUAUGUGGAAUUAUCAGGCGAAGAUAUUAAGGCAUUUAAUGAAGAUAAUGGUUUUAGUUUGCUUGGUGCUACUCUUCAGACACAUGCGUCCACUCAGGAGAAGCGUGACCAGAGCAGUUUCCAGGAAGCAUGUAAUAAUAUCUUGGAUUCCUAUGAAAUGUUUAAUUUGCAGUCAAAAGCUGUGAAAAGAAUAGCUACUACAGAAAAUAAAAACACACAGAAUUCUGGAGAUUCAGACACUAUCAGAAAAAAGACAGUGGACUCACUGUACAAUUAUGAGUCAGAUGGCCUGGGUCAUAGUAAAAUGGAUAACAUUGCUUGCUUAGAAGCAGGGGUGUUGGAAGAAGAGGUAGUCGAAGCAUCAGACUCUGGAGAAAAUAAGAAAUGCAAAAAAUCCUUCUUGGAACACAGGACUUCAGAAAGUCCAAGUGGAACAAGUCCAGAAAUGUUUCCAGGACCUCUUCAGACAUGUCAUCUCUUUGAGGAGAGUGAGGCAGACCUAGAAAUACAGAAAAUAAGUACUACUGUUAAUGUCAUGGCUGCCAGCAUUCCCCCAAGUAGUGGGAUUCAGAGUCAACUGGAGAAAUUUGGAGAUGCUACUGAAGUGGGGUGCCAAGCUCUGCCAUUUGAGACAGCAUUAUUAAGAGUACAGAGUACUCAGAGGAAGAAGGAAAGAAGAAAAAAGGAGCCUAGUAGUCGUGGAAGAGUAAAUGUUUUUAGUUAUGGACAAGUUAAAUUAUGCUCCACUGGCUUUAUAACUCAUGUGGUACAAAGUGCGCACACUAAAUCAACUGAAACAGAACAUUCAUUUAGGAAUUAUGUUCGACCUGGCCCUGUAAGUGCCCAAGAAACAUUUGGAAAUAGAACACACCAUGCAAUUGAGACUCCAGACAGCAACGAUUUAACAAGCACUUUAAGUAAAGAGACUGUUGAACUGCCCAACAGGACAUUUUGCAGAACAAAUACAGGUUAUGGGACAGAGACCAAGCCAGUAGCAAUGGGUGAGAACGUGACUCUUCUUCAGGAAAGUGGUAAAGGAUCACACACGGGUCACUUUUUGCCUGACACACCCUCCUUCCCACGGUGUACAUAUGUCUCCCGUGGUCGGAAGAAAACAGAUAAGAUGAUGGGUUCCGCCAAACACACAGUCCAUAGGAAGCUAAGCUUGCGUUCACGAGUGGGAUCUUUAGAGAAGUUUAAGAGGCAAUAUGGGAGGGUUACCAAUUCCCUAGAUACAGAAGAGGAAAAUAACACUGAAGUCAGGACCCAUCUCAGUCCUCAAGUUGAACCCGACGUUCUGGUGAAAGACAAGAGCCACUUAGCUCUGCCCGAUGGCUGUAAGAUCACUUCCAUGGAGCACAGUGAUUCCUGUGAUACUUGUCAACCCGUAAGUCACGUCCUGAACUCAGAGGAAAUGUCACUUUCCAAAGGAGAUCGCUUUGAACAGAUACCUCUUUGGAGAGAAAGUCCUGUUACUCUAGCAGAGUUAUCUCACUGUACCAGAAAGCCUUCGGAUGUUGAGAAAUCCACUGAAUCACUGGCUUCUAAAUUAUCCAGACUGAAAGGUUCUGAAAAAGAGGUGCAGACAGUGGAGAUGACAGGUCAUGUUAGUGAACGUCCAGGUUCAGAUCCCAGCUGGAAGACUAACAGCCAGCGCACUAGGCUAGACUUACAUUUUUGUGAAUCGUUACCAAGUAAGCAUGAAAAAAGAGAGAGCGAUACACUUCUAACGCUAGAUUCUGCCACCCAGGAUGAUUCUACCAAUAAAACCAGCGCAGUACAUUCUAACAAUAAAAUGGGUGACACAGAGAAGCUGGGAACAACUCUGCUGUUACCCUGUGGUGAUUCUGAAGUCAGCAAAAGUUCAGAUGUUCCUGUGAAAGCUCCCGAACAGCAUACAGGAAGUCCUGACUCUCCCAGUAGAAUGCUAGCAGGUCAGGUAGAAGGCACCACUGCCAGCCAACAUGGCAUGCAUUCCCAGAGCGACGCCUCUGAGGCAGGGUCGUGUUCCGAAAGUAAAGAGUCGAAAGCAUACUCUGUUGAUUGGCAGCAGCAUUUUGACGUAGCCCUGGGAAGAAUGGUUUACGUCAACAGACUGACAGGACUUAGCACGUUCGUUGCUCCUGCUGAAGACGUGCAGACUGCUUGUACCAAAGACCUAACGACUGUGGCUGUGGAUGUCCUGCUUGGGAAUGGGGUUCAGUACAGGUGUCAUCCUUUUAGAAGCGAUCUUGUUCUUCCUUUCCUCCCAAGAGCUCAGGAAGAGAGGACUACGCUAAGACAAAAUAGCAGAGAUGCUGUGGAUGCUGCUGUUGUCAGCGAAUCGCUCCAGUCUUUGUUCUCAGAAUGGAGCAACCCUGUGUUUGCCCGCUACCCGGAGGUUGCUGUUAAUGUCAGCAGUGGCCAGGCUGAGCGUUUAGCCGUUAAAAUUCACAACGUCCUGUAUCCCUAUCGCUUCACCAAAGAGAUGAUUCAUUCCGUGCAGGUUCUCCAGCAAGUGGAUAACAAGUUCAUUGCCUGCUUAAUGAGCACAAGAAUGGAAGAGAAUGGCAAAGCAGGUGGAAACCUGCUAGUCUUGGUGGACCAGCAUGCUGCCCAUGAGCGUGUUCGUUUGGAGCAGCUUAUUACUGACUCCUAUGAAAAGCAACCUCCACAAAGCUCUGGUCGGAAGAAGUUGCUGUCUUCCACGAUAACCCCUCCACUAGCGAUCAUGGUGUCAGAGGAACAAAGGAGACUCUUACGGUCUUACCGCAGACUCUUAGAAGAUCUGGGGCUUGAGUUGGUCUUUCCAGAUGCUAACGAUGCUUUGAUCCUCGUGGGGAAAGUGCCACUCUGCUUCGUAGAAAGAGAAGCCAGUGAACUUCGAAGAGGAAGAUCUACUGUGACUAAGAGCAUUGUGGAGGAAUUUAUUCGAGAACAAGUGGAGCUGCUCCAGGCCACAGGAGGCAUCCAAGGGACAUUGCCGCUGACUGUGCAGAAGGUCCUGGCCUCUCAGGCCUGCCAUGGGGCCAUUAAGUUUAAUGAUUCCCUGAGCCUAGAGGAGAGUUAUCGCCUAAUCGAAGCUCUGUCCUUGUGCCAGCUGCCAUUCCAGUGUGCUCAUGGGAGACCUUCAAUGCUGCCCUUAGCUGACCUGGACCACUUGGAGCAGGAAAAACAGGCUAAGCCCAAUCUUGCUAAACUUCGCAAAAUGGCCCGUGCCUGGCAUCUCUUUGGAAAAGCAGAAGGCUAUGAUACAAAGCAGAACCUGCAACGGUCCAUGCUGCCUUGUGAGCCACCAUGAGGAGAAAAUUACAGAUCUGCAAGGAGCUAAGGGGAAUGGUGUGCCUCUAACAGAGAGCGCAAGCAGCAC